AUGGCCGCGGUGGCCGGCGACACAGGCACAAGCUUCUCUCCGUUCGAGGUGGCGCUGCAAGAGGCACAUGGCCGACUGCUUGCAGCGCACUCUGCGGCCAUGGCCACUAUGGAGGCCGAGCUACAACACAUGCGCAUGGAGAACACACGCCUUCGUCUGCGGCUGGCAGAGGCUGGCCUUGGCCUCACGCUAGACUCUGCAGCGGCCGUCGAGGGCCACAAGCCCGCCGCCCUCGCUGAGAUGUCCAAAGCUGCACCGCAGGCACCAGAGCCAACAAGGACUGGCGACCAGCCUCUUAACGCCGACACUGACAGCAUGGACACCAAUCGAGAAGGGCCCAGCCAUCCUCCAGAACUUAGCACACCCGUGCCGGACCUGCGAGGUGCUAUGGCGGAUUCACAAAUCCUGGAGCCUGUGUCCUGCGCGAAAGAGCUCACGCCAGAAGUUGUCGAGGAGGUGCACAACCUGCGAAGCCCACAAAGACCACCAGCGUCCACGGAUCCAGGCGACGUCGUGUUGGCACUGGGGGCGCUCCUUCGCAAGUAUGGGUUACACGGUUUGCCGGUCAGCCAACAUCGACAGGUUGAGGCUGCCUGGACGGUGGCUGGAAGAACGCUCCUUCUUCGUCAAAAAGGCUGCGAUCUCGAGGCUUCAGGCGAUGGAGGCCAAAGUUGGGAGCUGUUGGAGGCGCUUUUCGUCCAAAAUCUGGCGCAGCUACAGGCCUUGAAGCGUGACACAGAUAUUGUCGCGCGAGUGAGCGCUCCGGCCCAGGCCGGGUCAGCGGAGCCGGGCCAUUCGCAGGCCAGAUCAUCACGCAGGGCCCAGAGCUCUCAGGACUACGGGCAGCAGGCACCGCGCCUGGCCGAACCCGUGACUGGUCCUGGUGGCUUCGCGUCGGAGCGGACGGAGGACGGCCUUCCGGUCUGGCGGGCAGACGGACUGCCAGCCUUCAACAACGCAUUCCCCCAGUCCUUCGACGCUUUGUCCGGGGCCUCCCAGUACUACUCGCAGUUUCGCGUUCGGGUUCCUACUGCCAGCUUCCCAGCCCAGCUCAUCGAUUGGAUGAGCUUUGCUGCAUUCGCCAACGGUCUUCGCACAUUCUCGUUGAACAAGUUGCAUCACAUGCUUGGCAAUUGGCGUUUGGCCGAAGUGUUCAGAAGAUUCUUGGUGCAGGUUGCAGCGGCAGGUCAGAUGAUGCAGAUCAAGGUCAAGACCGUUGCGUCCAGACGGUCAGCACCACCGGGGCGCCGGGACAUGCCGGGACUGGGCAAGGCCAAAGUGCCGCCGAAGACGAUGACCAGUGCCCACGAAUCCUUGCCGGAGCUGCAGCUUUCCUGCUACCUGCGCGUCUACGCUGGCAGCCACGAGCCUUUUGCAGGUGGCGAACUUCUCCUGGAACCUGUGGCUCUGCCGCCUGGAGGUGAGGAGGAGCACGAAAUUGACGUUCCGGAAGUGACGUGGUGUACCGUUGAGACGCAGACGGAGGCACCAGAGGUGGCAAAGGACGUCAAGCCUGCGGCUGUAGCGCUUGGGGCAGGUUUGAAGGCGGAGACGACAGCACCCAAAGUCUACAAGAUGGAGGGCGAAGCGUUCUUCGCUGACGAGAUUCAGCUUGCGCAUGGCGGCGACGACCUCGAAGAGGCCCCGGCAACUCCACCAGUGGCCGAAGUGCAGGCGGCCACCCCGAGCUCGCUGCCACUUGUGUCACAGCUGGUGCGCGAGCUGAUGCAAAUGCAGACUCGAAGUGUGGACGUCUGA